CCGCCCGGAGGGAGGCUGAGCCCCGGGCGGCGCUGUCCACACGCAGCGGGUCCUGAAAGCGGCUCCGGGGCGGCGCGGUGGCGCACUGUGCGCGCCGAGCAGGCGGAGGGCUAGCGCCCGCGGCGGCAACAGCAGCGCCGGCAGUCAAGCCGACAGCGGCUCCAUUUGAGCACCGGCAGUCCCAGCGGCCUUAGUGGAGAGGACCUUCACUAUCUCCGUCCCUCGCUACACGCCGGGGGCAGGCGCGGCGGCCGUCCCGGAAGAGGCAACUGAAAAACAGUGGAACCAGACCCCUGAGAGAGGGCAGGGGGGCUCGAAGAGUUGGUGGGCGUGAGGCAGAUACUCAGGCGCGGAGGAGACUGUCGCUGUUGUCCCCAUUUCUGGUCCCGGCGAUGGGGGAGCAUCGGGGGCCGGGGGAACUUUGAAGGCAGAGGGUCUGGGGGUGUGAGAGCUGCAAGCUCCUGGGGACUCUGGAGUCACGGCCCCAACGUCAGUGACGGAAGCGUCUCCGAACCCGCCGGGGCCUCAGCGCCGCCAGAGAGGAAGUUCUUUGCAACUUCGUCCGAGACGUCGGAGAGCCGAGUGGAGAGAGGCUGGGGCUGCAACUCCAAGCCCCAGAGACUCCGAGAAGCAGAGAAAGGAUCCGGUGGAGACCGAGGGGUCGAGGAGAGACUCCAGAGGCAGCGAGGCCGCGGAACCAGCCUGGCAGCCGGCGGGCCUCGCUGCCCCGUGAGUGAAGCCAAGGGCCGUGUGUCCCGCAGGCCUCCUCAAAGCUGCUCCUACCCGAGGCCGGGGGCUCCUUGCCGUCCCGGAGACGGGCCCGUACGCUAUGCCCCCAAAGCUACGGGUUCCUUGGCCGCAACUACUCCGGCCCGGGUCCGCAGCCGCUGCCUGAGACAGCCCAGGAGGGAAGCCACCAGGAGUUGCGCGCCCCACUCCCAGCCAGACUGCACUAGCGCCGUUUCCCGCCUCUAAGCGCAGCUCUCGGCGAUCUCCAGCGGAGCAGCUCUGAGAAAGGCCCCGAAGCUCCAGCAGCGUUUUCUGAGCCCAGAUCGCACGGUACCCGGCCUGGUGGCGCGGCUCCCUAGCCGCGCUGGGCAGCCCCUUGGCGCCGGGAGGCGGCGGCGUGGGCCGGCCUGCAGUCUGGAGCGCCCCGAUGGAAAUACACUGUAAGCACGACCCGUUUGCAUCCAUGCAUAGACAUGGAGGAGUGAAUCAGCUUGGGGGGGUUUUUGUGAAUGGACGGCCACUCCCGGAUGUAGUCCGCCAAAGGAUAGUGGAACUUGCCCACCAAGGUGUCAGGCCCUGCGACAUCUCAAGGCAGCUUCGAGUCAGCCAUGGUUGUGUCAGCAAAAUUCUUGGCAGGUAUUAUGAGACGGGGAGCAUCAAGCCUGGGGUAAUUGGAGGAUCCAAACCAAAGGUCGCCACGCCCAAAGUGGUGGAAAAAAUUGCUGAGUAUAAACGCCAAAAUCCCACCAUGUUUGCCUGGGAGAUCAGGGACCGGCUGCUGGCAGAACGGGUGUGUGACAAUGACACAGUGCCCAGCGUCAGUUCCAUCAACAGGAUCAUCCGGACAAAAGUACAGCAACCACCCAACCAGCCGGUCCCGGCUUCCAGUCACAGCAUAGUGUCCACGGGCUCCGUGACGCAGGUGUCGUCGGUGAGCACGGACUCGGCUGGCUCCUCAUACUCCAUCAGCGGCAUCCUGGGCAUCACGUCCCCCAGUGCCGACACCAACAAGCGCAAGAGAGAUGAAGGUAUUCAGGAUUCUCCAGUGCCCAACGGUCACUCACUGCCGGGCAGAGAUUUCCUCCGGAAGCAGAUGCGGGGAGACCUGUUCACGCAGCAGCAGCUGGAGGUGCUGGACCGCGUGUUUGAGAGGCAGCACUACUCGGACAUCUUCACCACCACCGAGCCCAUCAAGCCCGAGCAGUGGUGCCCCGUGCUGAUGAGACAAUACUUGGUGCAGCCCCAGGCAGUCCUUUUCCAGACCACUGAGUAUUCAGCGAUGGCCUCGCUGGCUGGAGGGCUGGAUGACAUGAAGGCCAACCUGAGCAGUCCCACCCCCGCCGACAUCGGGAGCAGCGUGCCCGGACCGCAGUCCUACCCCAUUGUGACAGGCCGUGACUUGGCGAGCACGACCCUCCCCGGGUACCCUCCGCACGUCCCCCCCGCCGGACAGGGCAGCUACUCAGCGCCGACGCUGACAGGGAUGGUGCCUGGGAGUGAGUUUUCCGGGAGCCCCUACAGCCACCCUCAGUAUCCCUCGUACAACGACUCCUGGAGGUUCCCCAACCCGGGGCUGCUCGGCUCCCCAUACUAUUACAGCGCCGCGGCCCGAGGAGCUGCCCCGCCUGCAGCCGCCACUGCCUACGACCGUCACUGACCCUCAGAGCCAGGCGGGCGCCAAGCACUUAUCACACAUAUCACUGAGGGUGAUAGCCUCUCAGCCCCUCCGAAGACAGCUAGAGGGGCCCAAUGAGACCAUCCCCCAGCAAUCCCCUCUCACCUGAAACUCUCUCCCGACCUUUUCCUGCCAGAGAGCUGGGGUUCUAUGGUAAGGCUGUUGGACUUCUAGACACACGUCCCUUUCUAAGAGUCAAUCAGUGAGCUUCUCCCAAUAGCAACUGGGUCUCUGCAAAGCCACAGACUUUUCUGCAGACAACGUAGCCCCGGCCUCGCCUGCCAGUCCCCAGCUGUCUGACCAUCCACCCAUCUUCCUGCCCCAGGCCUGGGAAGGAGAGCUUGCUUUUGUCACUUCAACAGCACCCAUGUAGAUACCUUCUUGCUUUUUUGUGGGCCUGAGGGUCCAACUGAGCGGACUGCCCACCCAUUAUGCAUCCAAUACUCCUUAUGUGUCACAGGACAUCUUAGACCUGUGUGCAGAGCAUCCCCUCCGUCCUGGCUUCCCCCACAGGUGAGCUUGGAGUUGUCCUUGAGACUAGGAUGCCCCCCUCUGGGCCCAGCCUCCUGCUCACUGCUACUUCUUUAACGUCUGGACUAGGAGUCUCAUUGGGCUGGUUAUGCUUCAAGCUUCCCCCCUGAGACCCCUCCUCAGGAGAAUCACGCUGGAGAGAUGCCCUGGCUUCCUGACUGCAUUUCCCUGGGCCCAGUGCAUUGUGAGCAGCUCUUUUCCAUAUCAAAGGACUCAAAGAGAACAAAGAACUGUCUGGGAGGUUCCUCGGCUAUGAUUCUAAAGAUGCUGUCCAAGGUGCUGACUGCAUUGUGGACUUUGAAUGCUGGGGCUGGACAGGACCCAGAAGACCGUAGUCCACGGAGGGGACUCCCAAGCCCUUGGAACCACUGAACUGAACUGGGAUGUGUUUUCUGAGGUGUGCCCAGGCUCAUAUCACAUCGGACACCCACCGUGGACAUUUCUUCCACUCUCCAGGAUGCCAGAAAGUGGAUUCUGGGCAAGCCUGUCCCUGCCAUGUAGACAAUAAUGAACAAAAAGGACAUUCUUGCACUGAGGACCACAAACACCUACAGCAGUCAGCCAGAACUUCCUGAUCGGCCCGUCCCUGUUCUCGUGGAGCCUAGUAUGCUGCUGGGAAUAGAGGUGCUGGGGUGGGAGCAGAUGUCUAACUUUGCACAGUGGGUAUAUACCUAUUGAUGCAGGGGUUGUGAUGGUCAGGGCCAUGGCCAAGGGCCCCAGGAGCCUGGAGGGGAGCUUGGAGAACUCACUGGAGGCUGGAGUGGUCAGAAAAAAAGCACCUGGGAGGAUGCAGGGGUCAGAGGAAGGCCUUCUGGGAGAGGAGCAGGAUAGAAAGUGAGGAAUUGCCGUGUGAACUGGGAGUGGUUUUGAACUAGGGGUGCCAGGGGCAUCUCUGCCUGGGGCCUCAUUUCCUUCAGUAGCCUCUCUUGCCAGCUCAGAACAGCAAGGUGGAGGCCCUAUCCCAAUCUGGGCUGAAUUACAGUGAUGACAGUGGACUUCGCCAUCUUGUGUGACGGUGUCCCCGAUGUUUGCAUGUCACCAAGUUGGCAAAGAGCUGGGGCAGAGCAGAGCCUGCACUUGAGGUUAUUGGGCCUGAGAGGUCUUGUCCUGGCCACACCGCUUCCUUGCUGUGGGACCUUGGAAAGGACCUUCACCUUUCUGAGCCUCGGCUGCCUUGGUACAGCAGGGUCACCUGCAGGGUCAUCCUCUAGCUCUUUCCUUGCCUUUCUCUUUCCCAAGAUGCUAGGGCUGUAACUGGGUCACCUGGGGGCAGGUCCUCUACUUCUGAGCAAGCAUAUGGGGUGGGCAUCUGAGUCCUGCUAAUGUUUAGACCAAGUGGGAAAUAAGAACACCCAGAGAGAUGGAAAUCAGCCUUGAGGAAGAUCUAUUCAGCUCCCCUCUGGGGAAACUGAGGCCCAGUUUGGGGAAGCCCAGGGUGAUGCAGGGAAAGAGAACAGACCUCCUCUGGCCACCACCAAGUGUUUUCUCCCCAACAGCCUACAAGGUGGUGAGAGAGAAGAGGAAACUGGGGCUCAACAAGGUGGAGUCCCCAGGCAGUGACUGGCAGAGGUGGGGCUGGGAUUGAGCCUCCCGACCCCAGGCACAAGGUGAUCCUUCCAUCCCCGGGGAGGGAAGUUGACAGGAGUGCGGUGGGAGGUCAUUCUGGGCCCACUGCCAUAGAUGGGGUGUCCUGGGCUGUUAGAACCGACGAGGAAGCCCAGCCACCCAGGGCAGAAGUGGAGCCAGGGGGCUCCCUGCAGGCACACCCACCACCUUGGAACCUGCUGGGCAAAGAAGGGAACCAGCUGGGGGGCAGACCCCACCUCCAGGAACAGGAUGAACCAGCUCCCACCUCCACCUGCCAGGCAAAGUAGGAGAAGGUACAUUAGCUGGCCUCUCCUUCCCUCCUUCCCUCCUUCCUUUCCUUCUGCAGGAAGUGGUGAGCUCAGGCCUUUGGCCUCUUGCACCCACACCUUUGAUACUUUUCCCUCCUUGUGGUCUCAGGCUAUUGGGAGGUCAGCCUUCCCUGAACCAACUGCCCAAGGCGCAUGCUAUCCUUCCUCACCGAAGCCCACCCAGCCCCAUUCUCUUCCUUCUCUUGCCCUGUGACGAGCACCCUCCAUGCUUUCCUCUCUCCCCUGAGGCUCUGCUGGUCUUUAGAUUGCAUUUGUAUUUAUUAGACACCCCCCUGAUUCCUGGGCUGCCAGGCAGAGGCACAAGAGCACAAGGACGUACACGCACGUUCUCACACGUGAGCCUACUCUCCCCAGCUCAGUCUGCGCGCUGCCUGCUGGAACUGCCUGGGAGCUUGGAGAGAAAGGGUCCAAAGGACACAAGCUGUUGAGUAAAUGCCAGAGAAUUCUGAAUGGAAAACACAAGGCCAGGGCUUUCACCAGCAUUGUGGCUGGAGGCCUGGGGCACUCCUCCAUAGGCUUUCAGCCCUAUGAUCCGGCUCUGACUUUUGGAAAGGACCUUGUGGAUUUUAUGAAAAAGUUUCAUACCAUUAGUCUAGCUCCAACCUUGAAAAAUCUGAUGACAUAUCAAAUCCAAUCUCCCUUUCCCAAGGCGCCUUAGUUAGGGUUAGCCCUUUCAUAACUCACGUUCGUAUGGUGCUUUGCAAUCCUUGACCAUUCCCUGGGGCCAAGAUCACAAUACCCAUUUUACAGAUGGGAGAACUGAGAUUCGAGGCUUGCACGGAAAGACAGAGGGGAGGUGAAUUCUCAGAUCUCUGGGGCCCAUUCUCUCUCCACAGAACUGUGCUCCUGUCAUGGGAGCAUGUGACUUAGACACACCCUUCAAUCUCCUAGAAACCCCCUAGACCCACAAUAAGGAAAGAAAGAACAGGGUCCCAGAGGCUGGCCUGACUAAAUGGCCUGAGACUUGGUGGCUUUGCUGGUCUACCUUGAUUCCCAUUAACACCAAACCUGCAAAGUCUUCACCCAGAUUUAUCCACACUUCUUCCCUGCUGGGUCCUGAGACUCUGAGGGGAUCAGAGCAUGUCCAAGACCAUACCAUUAGCCCUGGCGGGGCCUGGACAUGGGCCUGCCUCUGACUCCCAGGGUCUAAGGUUCUGGGGGUUAUGAGAUGUCCCCUCGCUGUGGCUCAGACUCCAGACCUGUCUGUAACAACAUGUAGGCAUCCCCCAGCCAGGCCCUGAGAGCGGCCACAAACCUAGGAAACACAGAUCUUAAUCUCCAGGGCCCGGAACUGCUGCUUCCCUGGUCAGGCAGGUGGAGUCAUGCCACUCAGGCAGGGCAUGACGCGGCAUGCAGGGUGGGACCCGAGACAACCAGAGGGCUGGUUCCAUCCAAUGGCAUUCAAAUGUGAAAGCUUUUAAAAUGCUCUUCCAGCCAAAAGAAUGUUUUGUGGGCCACAUUUGACCCACUGGUCCAUAGCUCGUGACCCCCAAUUUUUGUCCAGUGCUCCCUUUCUUCUUCACUUCCUUGCCCUUCAUUGAUGCUGGGAACCCAGAGAGAUGGGAGAUGAGGCCAGUCACUGUCAGGGACAGGCAUUCCCAGUCCUUACUCCCUCCCUUCUCACCCUGGGCUCUUGAAGACCAUUUGGACCUUGAAGGUGGGUGGGAUAGAAUAGUUGGGAGUGGUGGGGGUGGAGGGACUGUUGGCUUUGAGAGGAGGUCAGUGCCGCUGGGGUCUUUUCGUGUGUGUGUGUGUGUGUGUGUGUGUGUGUGUGUGUGUGUCGGGGGGGGAGGGACAUGCUCCAGAUGUGGCCAUGGGGCACUGAGGGGUGAAAUCCCUUUAUGAGAAGUCAUAGCCCAGAGCAACUGUCCUGCCUUUGGCAGCCUCUGGCACCAGCUUCCCCACUUCUGGAUGACAUUUCAGCUAGAAUUUAGCUUCAAGCCAUGGGGAGCAAAUCUUAAAAACAAACCAAGAACUCCUGACAAAUACCUAGAAACAAGAUAUGUCUGAGCACAGCUGCCCCGAGGGUAGAGAAGAUUCCAGGCCCCUGGAUAGGCCAGGCCCAGGCAGGAGUGGGUGUACCCCCACAGCACUCUGGGCUAGACCAGCUCUGGGUGGCUCCGCUAAGAAGCUGGCUCUGCAGCCGUGGCCCUGUCACCCGCUAGGAGCCUGCCUCUGUGGUUUCCAGGCACGCACAUCGGUGCUCCUGGAGAAUUUAUUCCUUUAGUGCUUUUGGCCUCGGAGAGGUCCAAGGCAAGUGCAUUUCUUAAAAGGUAACAAAACAUUAUCGGAAAGUUGGACAGUCAGGCCAUGACUCCUACCCUGCAGUCUGCCCCACCUUCCAGCAGCCCCUUCAGCCCCUUGUCCCCUGACAACCCCUUACCUCAGGAUUCCCUCUUGAAUAUUCAUGGUGGAGCCACAGUGUUGAUCUGUUGAUCUGCACUUCCCCACUGUCAGCUCGAGACUGGGCCUCUGGAGUGGCGGCCAGGUCCCAAGGGGCUGCCGUGGAGGCCAGGAAGCCAGUCCCCAGCCUGCCUGUUCUCCUGAGGAGGGGUCUGCAGCUUCUCUGACGUGGGCUACUUGCCAGGAGCAGCCAGGCACCAGACUUUCUUUCCUUCGCUGGGAUUUCUCCACAUGGGAGUCCCGUUCCUGGUCCACCCCUCACCCUAGGAUCAAAGGAGACCUCAGGAUCAUGUCCCUGCCAAUCUAGAGUUUCAGUCCAUGUGUUCCCAGGGGUCGCCUUUAGCCCAUGUCUGAGUUAGGGGUAAAUGUAACCACCGUACAGUAAGUCUAGAUAUUCUCCUUCCCACGUCUUAGGCCCCUGAGCAGCAAAUGAGAAAAUGCAAAUCUUUAUUUAUUGAGGAUAUAGUAAUGAAUUCUAAAAUGGAGUUGGUCUCAGGUAGUAUAUUUGGCCUGUGGGCAGGACAAGGCGGGCAGGAAUCCCACCUUUCAGCUUUAGACAGCUCCGAGCACCGAUCAGGGAAGGAAGCAUGUGAAACAGCAGGAGGUGGGGCAGAUGGGGAGUCAGGUGCCCCCUUGCCCGACUCUAAGGCCUGGCUGGAGGAGGUCAAGCUGAGCCUCACCCACCCCAACUGCAGGCCCACCCAGUCCUGCAACUCUGGCCACCCUCAUCCCCAGAAGCACCACGCAUAAGACCACGUCCCUCAUCUUCUCUAAAAGCACCAUUAAGAACAAGUGAUUUUGGAUGAUGGAUUUUUGAUUUACAAAUGGUGCAUUUCCCUUGGAGUGGAACAGAAAGGAAACCACUUAAUGGCUCCCUUAUUUUCAAGCAUGAAUACAUUUUAAUGAAACUAUUUUAUUGUAUUUGAGGAAAUGGAGAGUUGAACAUUCCAACCAAUCAAUAGCCAAUUAAUUGCUAUAAAGCUAAAAAUAAAUAAGUCCUGAGUCUUUUUGAAAUGCCCUGCAAAACUCAGAGCCUCCAGAUCAGGCCUUCCCCUCCAUACGUGUGCGUGUGAGUGUGUACGUGCACACACACGCACACCCCUGCAUCUCAGACGAACUUGAAGCUCAGACACAGUGCUGAGUCUCCUUAUGCCGAUUCCUGCCUGCUCUCCUCACCUUUGCUCAGAGAUGGUGAGCAGCCCUGGCAGCAGCCAUCCUGGGGCUCAGAAAGAGGCAGGCCCAUCCCUGGGCCCCACGCCACCAGCUCAGUGUGGGGUAGAGUGGACAGCGAGGGCCCCCUGGUUGCCCCCACUGCUGGGCCUCCAAGUCUGGGCCACAGGUGGGAAUCUGAUUUGGGUUUUGCCCUGACUUGCUGGCAGAUGCUGCCCUGGUUCUUCACCCUCUAGUGGCCUUUGGACAUUGAGUAUUUAUAGAAAUAAAUGCAGAUUACAUUGCAAGUGGAACUCUUUGCCAGGAAGACACAUGGAUUUAGCUUCUCAUUCUUUGAGACAGUUGACUUUGUCUUAGGGACUGAACUUCCAGCAUCAAAGAAAUACAUAUCUACUGUAUCCGCCAAAGUUUGUGAUGCCUGCAUAGACGCUUACUUGUAAAAAAAAAAAAAAAAAAAUACAAAAAAAAUACAAAAAAAAAUCCAACAACAAAAAAACAAAACCACAAUUGAAUUGCCUUUGAAAGUGGGAGAUGAUCUGUCUCCAACAGAUUGAAAAAAAAAAAUGCUUCUUAAAAAUGUGUAUGUUUUGUAUUCUUUUUUUCUAGUAGAAAAUGACUGACUUGAAAUAUUGGUGUUUUUUUUUUCUUAGUGACGUGUGUUGCUUUUGUGUGUAAUAAUAUUUGAAUGUAAUUACAGCAGUGCCAAUUUGCCAAAGAUGUCGGACAUAUUUUUCUUUUGUUGGGAGGAGGGCAGGGGCUGGGGGUGGGACUUGGGAGAAAACAGGGGUGGGAUUUUAGUUUAAUUUUUUUACCUUUUUUUCCUCUCGUCAAACCUGAAAUUUGUGAUUUUAUUCUAAGUUAAAUGGUUGAUUGCAACACUUUUAUUUUAGAUUAGUUGAAGAAACUUGCAAUAAGAUUGGCGUAGUUUUAAUAUCUGUGUGUCUUUUCAUGAGUGACUGUUACUUGUGAAGAAUUGAUUUUAUGUAACCUUUAUGUGAGAUAAUUAUUUGUAAAUAUUUGCCAUAAUUUUAUUGGUUCCUAAAAUAAAAGUAAUUUUUUAAGUUCA